UCCAUUUCCACCAUCUUCAAAAAUCACUUUUUUAAUUCAACCCAAAUCUUUUCUUCACAAAUUCUCUUGAAAUCCUCAAUUGGGUCCUCAAAAGUCUCAAAUUUUGAUUCAUUUGGUGAACAAGUGUUAUUUAUUUAUUGUGAUUAUAACAUAUUUUUCUCCUUUACCAUGGAUGUUUCGUUUAUUGGAAGCUCUCAAGUGAAGUUGGGAAAGACCAAUUUUGCUUGUAGAAAAUUGGGGUUUGUUAUUGUUAAAGAUAAUUGCAGAUUUUCAAAUGGUAGAGUUAGUUUUGGUGAGAAUUUAAGGUUGAAGAAAAGUGGAAUAACUUUGAAAGCUCUUCAUGUUGAACCAAUUAAGGAGAAGAAGAAUAAGUCUAAUGGAUCUAGAACAAGAUCCAAACUAGUAGAUGGUGUAAGAUUAUUUGUAGGACUGCCCUUAGAUACAGUUUCUUAUGACUGCAAUUCAAUAAACCAUAUUAGAGCAAUUGGAGCAGGUCUCAAAGCAUUGAAGCUAUUAGGAGUUGAAGGUGUUGAACUACCAAUUUGGUGGGGAAUUGUUGAGAAAGAAGCCAUGGGAGAAUAUAAUUGGUCAAACUAUCUUGCUAUUGCUGAGAUGAUUCAGAAAGUUGGUCUCAAGCUUCAUGUUACCCUUUGCUUUCAUGCUUCUAAGAAACCAAAUAUUCCUUUACCAAAAUGGGUAUCUCAGAUCGGCGAAUCGCAGCCGAGUAUUUUCUUUACCGAUCGGUCGGGACAGAAUUACGAAGAAUGUCUGUCGUUGGCGGUUGAUAAUCUUCCUGUUCUUAAUGGAAAGACUCCGGUACAAGUGUACCAAAGUUUUUGUGAGAGUUUCAAGUCUUCAUUCUCUUCAUUCAUGAAGUCCACAAUUACGGGAAUUUCCAUGGGUUUAGGACCUGAUGGCGAGCUUCGAUAUCCAUCUCAUCAUGACAUACCGAGUAACAGUAAAACUCAAGGAAUAGGAGAAUUCCAAUGUUAUGAUCAAAACAUGUUAAGUUCUCUCAAACAACAUGCAGAAUCAUCUGGAAAUCCUUUAUGGGGACUCGGCGGUCCACACGAUGUGCCUACGUAUGACCAAUCACCAUACUCAAAUAGCUUCUUCAAGGAUGGUGGUUCUUGGGAGUCUUCAUAUGGUGACUUCUUCCUUUCAUGGUAUUCUUCUCAGCUCAUAAAACAUGGAGAUUGUCUCCUUUCAUUAGCAUCUUCUACUUUUAGCGACACCGGAGUUUCAAUAUUCGGAAAAAUCCCACUUAUGCACUCAUGGUAUGGAACUCGCUCCCGUCCGGCCGAGCUAACAGCCGGGUUCUAUAACACGGCCAAAAGAGACGGCUACGAACAAGUAGCAACGAUGUUUGCGAAAAACUCAUGCAAAAUCAUAUUACCUGGAAUGGAUCUUUCGGAUGCGAACCAACCCAACGAAACUCGUUCGAGUCCCGAGUUGCUACUUGCUCAAACCAUGAAAGCUUUCAGAAAUCAUGGUGUGAAGGUUUCAGGUCAAAACUCAUCGGAGUUCGGUUCUCCGGGAGGUUUUGAACAAAUCAAGAAGAAUAUAUCAGGUGACAAUGUGCUUGACUUGUUCACAUAUCAAAGAAUGGGAGCAUAUUUCUUUUCUCCAGAACAUUUUCCUUCAUUCACUGAGUUAGUUCGGAGUGUUAACCAACCGAAACUUCAUUUUGACGAUCUUCCGACCGAGGAGGAAGAAGGCGGCGGCGGCGAAACUGCGGUUAUGAGCCAAGAAUCAAGUGUGAGCAUGCAAGCAGCCUAAAACAUUGAAACUAAUGUAAAUUUGUAAUGAUAAAAUUGUGCAUAUAACAAUUAGUAGUUGAGGAGAAAAUGAGGAUGCAUAUUUCUACUUCAACCUCAAGUAGAGUUACAUUACAAUUAUUCAUUGUAAAGUAGCUGAGGAUUGGUGGCAUAUGAAAUUUUAGUAUAAGUUUGUUUUAGAUUGCAAAUAAUGAGUUGCUUUUGUUAAAAUUAUUACUCAUUCAUGAAGGGUUUGUUAUUCCUUUAUUGGUGAUGAGAAGAAUCUAAACAAAAUGGACCAAUAGUCCUUUUUGCUUCAACAUUCAUAUCUAUUUAAUACUCCUAAUGUUUCAUA